AUGUUGGCAGAGGGUUGUUCUGGAUCUCUUGAGGAUUUCUUAGUGGUCAAAGAGGAAAGCAGGAGGGGGUUGGCUGAGGAAGAAGCGGUGUCGGAAGCCGUCUCCACCGGGUUCGAGGAUCUCAGAAAAGGCGACAACACGCUCGAACCCCAUCUACCCUGCAUUCGAAAAGCCUCGACUGGCACAACACCUCGCAGUGAAGUAUUCUGCUCCGUCCACAACGCUUCUCGCGGCUGCAAAGGAGAAGAGUUUUCCGUAUCACCGGACAUCAUGCGUGACGCAUUCGCUGCCUCUGGAUCCACUAUACACUAUCUUGAAGUCGCGCUUACGGAACUCCUCACACAUCAUACCGAGUCGAUCUCUUCGCAGAUGUCUUCUCGACGUCGCUCUCCUCGAAGAAUGUGUUGUCUCUACACCCCGCUUACUUUUCCUCAGUAG